AUGCGGAAGGUGUCUUCUUCCUUAAAUACCCGAUAUUUUCUCUGAAAUUAUAUGAUAGGUAUGUUCACAUAUUGAUACAACUUGGAUAACAGCCUUUUUGCCUUUCACUUUGAUCCAUUUACCCAAGUGUUUGCUAUCCUACGUUCAGUUUGAUUUUCGAUGACAUCCAAAUUCUAGUCACUCAUUCGAAUCGUUCCAAAAAAAAACGUUAAGCAUAAAUCUCCAAAUUUCGAGAUCACGCGAUCGCAACUGAUCCUGCAUCCAAAGCCCCACUUCCAGGAUGUGCAUGCCGUAUCUGAGUAAGCUCUUCGGUGGAGGCGAUCGCCGACAGCGUCGCACCCGCGAUGGAGGCGUCACCCCAUUGCCCAGCCUGGCCAAUGUUACCCAGGUCUCCAUGGACACCGUCAAGUCCGCAAAGUCAGCCAAGUCAGCGAAGUCGGCUAAGUCCGGCAAAUCCGCCGGUCGCCGUAGUACCACUGCUGCCCUUCCUCCCGAGUCCAGUGUCAGCAGCAAUGAGGAUAAUGCGGAGCAACCUCUGGCGACCGCCUCCCGAGGAGCUGUGCGCAACGCCACCGCCUCGAUGGCCACCAGUGCUGCUCCAGCCGACGAGGCGAGGUCGCGCCGCUCCUGGUGGGGAUACUUUGGCAUGAGCAAGAACAAGAAGUCCAGCAUUGAGUCGCUCUAGACUGCCGAGGAUCGGGAUUGAAGCCAAUUGCAAAGCAUAUAUUGAAUAGUAGUUGAUGGUCAUCGAAGUUUGGCUUGCAGUUCCCUAUACACUUAUCCAAGAAUCUUUUGCUUUUUUCGCUUUCGAGAUAUAAGUUCCAAGAUAAAAAUAUAAAAACGUUCCAGUUCGGACCUUUGGAACACCAAAAGUCCUUUAGUUUCUAUAUGGUAAUUAUGGCAACCUAUCUUUAGCAUUUUAAAACGUUCCCAGAACUAAUAUAUUUUAAUAAUAGUUUUCAAAAAUUCGUGUUAGG